GUGCAGAGGAACCCAAACAAACCCUUGCCUUUUUGUCUUCACUCUCGCUCUCAGAUCAGGCUCAGCUAGCGGACGAUUUGCAUAUUUGUGAGGUAUGGACAUGAAAUAAGGCAGUUUAACAUCAUUUCUACUACUUACAACUCUCUUUCAGAGCUGUUCUUGUUUUGAGAGGAUUCAGUCAUGAGCGAGAAAGAAAAAGAACCGAUCUUUGGUGCCCCAAAGGGGGCAGAAGAGGGAGCCCCAUCACAAUCGCCCAUGUACUACGAUUCUACGCAGAGCCCUCGUGCUAAAUGUAUCCUGUAUAGUUUUGUUGGGGUCAUCAUCAUCAAUGUUCUUAUCGCACUGAUUUUAUGCUUCUAUCAAGGAGCAAGAACUAAACGAGAUGGUUUCUUGUAUUUCUUGAUGGCUUGCUGUCUGAUCGGUCUCGUAGCAGCUGAAAUCAUUCUAAUACCUAUGUUGAGAAGAGGAGAUUUGGUGAAAGAAAAAUCAUGGUUUCUUUACUUCUUUGGAUUCUGCAUCCUCCUGGAAUCAAUUUUUACAGAUAUUCUGGUAAUGAAAUAGACUCGUACUACAUUCAGAUGACAUAGAUCCCUUUUCUCCUCAAAUUGGCAACUAUGCUUAUUUUUAGACCACUUUCAUUGUUUCAUAGUUCAAAUUGAAAAAAUUAUGGAAAUAGUUUCAUUAUCAAUAAAUUUUUACAGAUAUUCUGGUAAUGAAAUAGACUCCUACUACAUUCAGAUGACAUAGAUCCCUUUUCUCCUCAAAUUGGCAACUAUGCUUAUUUUUUUAGACCACUUUCAUUGUUUCAUAGUUCAAAUUGAAAAAAUUAUGGAAAUAGUUUCAUUAUCAAUAAAUUUUUACAGAUAUUCCGGUAAUGAACUAGACUCCUACUACAUUCAGAUGCCAUAGAUCCAUUUUCUCCUCAAAUUGGCAACUAUGCUUAUUUUUUUAGACGACUUUCAUUGUUUCAUAGUUAAAAUUGAAAAAAUUAUGGAAAUGGUUUCAUUAUCAAUACAUUUUUACAGAUAUUCCGGUAAUGAACUAGACUCGUAGUACAUUCAGAUGGCAUAGAUCCUCUUUUUUCCUCAAAUUGGCAACUAUGCUCAUUUUUUAGACCAUUUUCAUUGUUUCAUAGUAGUAAUGGAAAAAAAUAUGGAAAUGGUUUCAUUAUUUCUAGUAAAAUUUACCUUUCUAAAGAUAUUCCAUGAUGGGGGGUGUUUCACAUAGAUUUAAGUGGCUUGAUGAGUCACACGUAUGCAAAACACAUCACCGCAUUGGUCAGAUCAUGCGCACGGGACGCACACUACCGCGUAUCUAUCAAUCAGAUUGAACAAACAUUAAAUUACAUGUGCGCGUUGGCGUUUAAGCAUAACUCUUAUUUACACAAUUAGGUCUUUGUGAAACACUCCCCCAUAAGUAAUAUGCACAUCAUGAUCAGUAUAAUAAUGAAGUAACUUGUGAUGUCACCCACUCAUUUCUUUUGUAUUUUAUCAUGUGAAUAACAUGGAAUGUUGCAUUUUUUUUCCUUGCUAUGAUGUGAAACAAUUAUAUCAUAUUGGAUGGCUCAGAAUGUUCAGAAUAUUCCAAGUUUGGGAAAAUAUUCCACGAAUCGCAGAUGAUUGGAAUAUUUGCCCUAACGAGUGGAAUAUUUCUGGUAUUUCAUGAAGUAAAACCAUCCAAUAUAAUUAUUAUCAUUUAUACACCCCCCCCCCAAAAAAAAAGAGGGAGAAGUUUGAUUUAAUAAGUCAUAUCACUUAUCACAUUAUGGCAUUGUCACUUUAGGAUCAAUUUUGGUCAUUGACAUGCGACCUACAUGUAGUUCUGUAGUUCAUUAUGAUGUCAUUGAACUUAAUUGUGAUCUACACUGCUCAUCACAUUGCUUUCAUGUUGUACGCGUUGUAUAUUUCACACAUUCGGGCAUGCGCACUAGACUGUUAAAUAUAUGGUCUCGUACUCAACGGUAAAUUUUGUACAGGAACCUAUGGGAUAUUUGUCGGAUUUCGGUCAUUUUAGCGAUAAGCUUUGAUACUGCACAGGCAAUUGAUGCAGACCAAAAUUCGCGUUUUUGAUAUAUGGCUAAAAUGCUCUUUAUAGAUGAAAAUGUUUUAUCUCUCGCUGAACAUGUGUUAUUGCGAUUGUGACAAGUUAUUGUGUUUCAUUGAAGAGCUUCUUUAUGGUUAAUCUGCAAAAUUGAAUAUUUCAUUAUUUCAUAUAAUAAAAUACAAAAGAAAUCAUGGAUGUCUGUUUAUCUGUCUGACGUCGUAUGAUCGCUCAUUUGUUUAUUACCAUGUUGUGCACAUUACUAUGUUUUUAAAACAAAUCAUAGAAAAUUUAAAAGAGUAACUUUUUCUAUUUUAACAUCCAAUUUUAUGAAAUUUUCAGCAUAAUGCUUAGUACUAUAUUUAUUGAAAACAACAUUUUUGCUGUGGUGGUCUUUUCCUUUAAACUGUUGUUUCAGACAUCAGAUAAUUUGAUUGAAAUUUUAUGCAAUUUCAUAAACAAAUUCUAGUACCUCCAAACAUCUGUCAGCUAAUAAAGAACACAUAUGUUUUGUAUUUAAAUAGGCAAUAUUGGUAGACAUGUUGUCAUGGGUAUUGAAUUAUCCCCCCACCCCCCAAAAAACGGUGAAGUUAUUUUUUAUAUUCUUGACAUCACCUUUGUUUUCAUGAUCAUUAACACCAGUAAUUUCCAAUGGGAAAUGCUUGCAAUUGUGGCAGAAUGAUAGUUCACAAAAUCACUGCAAAUUUUUUAAAUUAUUUUUACACAAACGUAGACUGAUGUAAAAAUUGAUUUUUGGUCACAAUUGUCAUUUAAAUGUAAACAUUGUGUAGAGAAAGUGAUCAGGGCUCCAUAACGCAAAGGUUAGUGAUUAAUCGCUAAUUUGAAAGAACAAUUCUGAUUGGUUCCUAGUCAGUCUACUGAGCAAAAUGCGAAUGCAACGAUGAUCUUGAUAGGUCAUUUCAUUUAGCGAUUUAGCCUUUGUGUUACAGGACCCAGGUUAGUGAAAAUCUAUAUUUUGGAAAUGUAGAACAGUGACUAGAAUUGUUUCAAGUUUUAUGAUAAAAUAAUAUUCUCUUGGAACAAGAAAGCUUGUAUGAAAGCAGACAAAUCAAAAGAAUAAUAUCAAUAAAAGUUUGAGCACAAUUGGAACAACAGUAUCAAAGUUAGGAGCAUUUGAAUGUCAAAAUCAUUAUUGCCAUGGAGAAGUUCUUAUUGGCAAUGCGACGAAAGAUUGUGAUGUCGCACACAUACAAAUUUCCUCUUUGUAGAUUGAAAACAUACCCCAAAAUCACACGUUUGCCACAUUGCCAAUAGAAAGAUACCCAUAUCAUUAAUGAUCAAACAUUAAAAUGUUCAUAGCCUUCUUAUCAUUUGUCCAUUGUUUGAAACAUUUGCCGGUCUUAUUCUUUGAGUUUGCGGUUUUCAUACUAGCUAACUUGUUCAAAGAGUUAAUUAUUUUUCUGUAAGGCUUUAAACUGUAGUAGUCUAUGUGAAGUAUUGUAUAUUGAAAACAAUUACUGCAUUGCCUUGAAUGUUCUGGGCACUGGGAUUCCAUUAUUAGAGCAUAUUGUGACAGAAAUUCUCUGGAAAAAGUACAGAGCAAACUACUUCCUCAUUUUUUGUCCAAUGCUCACCAGUAUUGGCACACACAUUUGCCUUGGAGUGACAAUAUGCAAGAGGUAUUUUGUAAAAUGUGUUGGAUACUCCAUUUUCAUGCUGAAGCGUCAUGGUGUAGCGGUUCUGACUCUUGCCUCGCAAUCAGAGGGUCGUGUGUUAAAAUCCCAACACGGCCUAGCAUCCUUUGGCAAGGCGUCAAUCCACAAUUUGCCACUCUCCACCCAGGUGUUAAAUGGGUACACGGUAGAAUGCGAAAGCCUAUGUAGUAUGCCUAGCAAUUGAGUCUUGGAACUCUUGUUGGAAUGCUCCCCAGAGAGUGGAGAAAGGGUACACAUUGUAUGCGGGCAUGCAAGGACCCGAUGGCCGGGGUAAUAGUGUAUCUGUAAAGCUCUUAGAGACAUCAGUCCGAUGUAUUAAGCAUUAUAUAAAAGCGGAAUAUUAUUAUAAUUAUUAUUAUUGUCAUUAAAUUUAAUAAAUUAUAUUUUAUUGGUAUAUGUUCCUGACAUAAGGUAUUAAGACAUGAAUCUACAUGAAAAUCAUUUUCAGUAGUACAUGUACAUUUUUAUUGUUUUUUUCAACUUUCAAAUUUUCAAGUGUUAUCAUUUUGUCCUGACAAACCAAAUGAUUGAUAAUAUUUAUUCUAUUGCUGUAUAAAAUAGAGAAAUAUUGCUGUUAUGAAUUUAUUUAUUCAUGUUUUAUUUUAACAGGGUAGCCCUUUCAGUUAGCAAACUGAUGUACGAAGGGGCCCUGCAUCACAAGAUUGAUAUUGCAACAUAUGCAUAAAAUGUGAAUCUAUUAUAUUUUAAGAUUGUGACUUUUAUAUGAUCAUUUAUAGCAUAGAGGUUCCAUGUAGUUAUUCUCCAUAAUUUUUAUUUUCAUUCUUGCAAAGGAGCACUGUCAAAGCUGACAUUUUUUCAUCUCACGCUGUUCGAGUACCUGCCCAGAUUUUGAAAACCAAUGCUAAGUUUUAUUUGAAAGGAAGGGCAUGUUACGGUGUCCUGAUGUAUUUUUUAUUAUUAUUUCAAUUGGAGAUUCCUGUGCAAUAGAAAGAAAUGCCAUAAUGUAAACAAUUUACAUGUAGUUUCAUAUUGAAUUGGCAGUAUCUUGCUCUAACUCUUUGAUUAUAUUCAGUGGCUCUGCAACCAGUUUGUUUACUUAAGGCAACACCCAUGUUCAUUUUUCCCCGACUAUUGUUAUAUGCCACCGAACCAUGUACACCUGAUUUACUCAGUUCAAACUACUCAUUCAUUAAUCCCUUGUGGUGCCACUUGCCAUGACCAGGCUUUUUCAGAUCGUCUAUGUUAUUGUUUAAAAUGAUGGUAAGAAAUUGAUUUUUAUCCUCUUAUUGUUAAAUGUUAUCAUCGGGUUUGGUCACAAAUAAUUAGCCAUAUGUUUCGUUGGUUAACAUUUUUGUUCGUUUGCUUUUGAUUUGAAUGAGAAAUGGUGAUGUUUUAUGCACUGGGAAUUAUUUUUUCUUGAAUCAUUAAAAAUUGCUAAUACUUUGUA